UCUGACGUAAGUAAGGAAGUAAACGCGACAUUUUCGGGUUUGCUAUAUUGCUGGUAUCAAAAUAAGAAAAGGAACUCCUAGCGACAUCAACAGACAACCAAGCGUUAUUGAUUUACCUCGCAGCCAGUGGACUGAAGACUGUCGACACUGCUGGAAAUAUUUUCAAGCUAUUAGCUAGCAAGUUUACAUUUGCAAGUAGCUAGCUAGCUAAUCGAGUGUGCUGCUGUGCUGAGACGGACAACCAUCAUCAACGGUAUUGCUAACGAACGUUAACCUAAACUAAAAAAGCUUCCCCGUUGUCACGUGCGCUACCGUCGCUGCUCCAAUAUGCCUCGCGAGUGCGCUGUUAAAAUGUGCGGCAACAAGCAAAAGACUUGGUCGGCUCUAAUGUUUCACCGACUUCCACUGAGUCAUCCGGACCGAUUGAAGCUAUGGCUGAUUGCUCUGAACAAAGAUGCUAAUACCGCGACCGAUGACCUCAGAAAGUUACUCGUUUGCUCUGAACAUUUUCUACCGGGGGACUAUUACGAGAAGCUGGGACAGGACAGACACAGCAGGAUGAGAAUCAUGAAAAGUUUCCUGAAGGAUACAGCGGUGCCGUCGGUGGCCGUUCACACGCCAGGACAACGUGGAAUAAUGUCGGUUGAGACGGGAGAUGUACCUCCAGGGACUGACUCCCUGUCUGCUGGAGGGGCAUCUGGUCCCACCCCACAACGUGGAGGGUCAGGUGUUGCUACGGCGGGGUUCCUCUCCCACCGGGGUCUGCAGCUGACAGAGCCUGCUUCAACCUCUGGGGCGUACGUGGCUCUGGCUCCCACGUGUUCACUUAGUAAGGACCUCCCCUCUACGACGACAACGGGAGACGCAUGCAGAAGGAAAAAAACAAAGACCAACGUUCUUGUGACGCGCAGGAAGAAAGGUCAAGUGGACGCAGCCGUUAAGAAGAGUUCAGUGAAGGACUGUACCAGUAUGAGCUCUGCUGCUGGUUCCACCCCCAGGCCCUCCGCCUCCAGCCUCUCCACCUCCAGCCUCUCCACCUCCAGCCUCUCCGCCUCCAGCCCUUCCACCUCCAGCCUCUCCACCUCCAGCCUCUCCAGCCUCUCCAGCCUCUCCACCUCCAGCCCCUCCUCAUCCAGCUCUGACAGUAGGGUGUCGUCAGGAGAACCGGACGGAGGACGGAGCGAAAGGAAAUGGAUCGUGAACGAGUCGAAGCUCAAGGAGCUUUUCCAGACGUGUCACCAGUGCGGCGCUGCGUUGCGUAAUCGGACAAUAACCGCGUUGGGCUACAGCCAAAUCAAAGUGACCUGGACGUGUCCCGGGGAGCACAGGGGAGAGUGGCAGUCGUGUCCCGACGCUUUCGGUAUUGGUCACUACCUGCAGACGGUUGGGUACAGGGCGUUGCUGGACUCCAUGAAUGGUCCGUUUGUAUGUCACGACUAAGUAUCUACUACAGGGCGUAUUAUCUAGCAAAUACCAGGGUCGUAGUAGUCUCCUAUUGCCAGGCUGGUGACUGCUGCCCGGCUGGUGACUGCUGCCGGGCUGGUGACUGCUGCCCGGCUGGUGACUGCUGCCAGGCUGGUGACUGCUGCCAGGCUGGUGACUGCUGCCAGGCUGGUGACUGCUGCCAGUCUGCGGAGCAAAACACAAUGGAAACUUUGCAGUACUUCUCUAUGGCUGUACUGGGUUAAGGGGUACUUCUCUAUGGCUGUACUGGGUUAAGGGGUACUUCUCUAUGGCUGUACUGGGUUGAGGGGUACUUCUCUAUGGCUGUACUGGGUUAAGGGGUACCUCUCUAUGGCUGUACUGGGUUGAGGGGUACUUCUCUAUGGCUGUACUGGGUUAAGGGGUACUUCUCUAUGGCUGUACUGGGUUAAGGGGUACUUCUCUAUGGCUGUACUGGGUUAAGGGGUACUUCUCUAUGGCUGUACUGGGUUAAGGGGUACUUCUCUAUGGCUGUACUGGGUUAAGGGGUACCUCUCUAUGGCUGUACUGGGUUAAGGGGUACUUCUCUAUGGCUGUACUGGGUUAAGGGGUACCUCUCUAUGGCUGUACUGGGUUAAGGGGUACUUCUCUAUGGCUAUACUGGGUUAAGGGGUACUUCUCUAUGGCUGUACUGGGUUAAGGGGUACUUCUCUAUGGCUGUACUGGGUUAAGGGGUACUUCUCUAUGGCUGUACUGGGUUAAGGGGUACUUCUCUAUGGCUGUACUGGGUUGAGGGGUACUUCUCUAUGGCCGUACCGGGUUGAGGUGUACCUCUCUAUGGCUGUACUGGGUUGAGGAGUACCUCUCUAUGGCUGUACUGGGUUGAGGGGUACUUCUCUAUGGCUGUACUGGGUUGAGGGGUACCUCUCUAUGGCUGUACUGGGUUGAGGGGUACUUCUCUAUGGCUGUACUGGGUUGAGGGGUACUUCUCUAUGGCUGUACUGGGUUAAGGGGUACUUCUCUAUGGCUGUACUGGGUUGAGGGGUACCUCUCUGGCUGUACUGGGUUGAGGAGUACCUCUCUAUGGCUGUACUGGGUUGAGGGGUACGUCUCUAUGGCUGUACUGGGUUAAGGGGUACUUCUCUGGCUGUACUGGGUUAAGGGGUACUUCUCUAUGGCUGUACUGGGUUAAGGGGUACUUCUCUAUGGCUGUACUGGGUUGAGGGGUACUUCUCUAUGGCUGUACUGGGUUAAGGGGUACUUCUCUAUGGCUGUACUGGGUUGAGGGGUACUUCUCUAUGGCUGUACUGGGUUGAGGGGUACCUCUCUAUGGCUGUACUGGGUUGAGGAGUACCUCUCUAUGGCUGUACUGGGUUAAGGGGUACUUCUCUAUGGCUGUACUGGGUUAAGGGGUACUUCUCUAUGGCUGUACUGGGUUGAGGGGUACUUCUCUAUGGCUGUACUGGGUUGAGGGGUACUUCUCUAUGGCUGUACUGGGUUGAGGGGUACGUCUCUAUGGCUGUACUGGGUUAAGGGGUACUUCUCUAUGGCUGUACUGGGUUAAGGGGUACUUCUCUAUGGCUGUACUGGGUUGAGGGGUACCUCUCUAUGGCCGUACCGGGUUGAGGAGUACCUCUCUAUGGCCGUACCGGGUUAAGGGGUACCUCUCUAUGGCUGUACUGGGUUGAGGGGUACCUCUCUAUGGCUGUACUGGGUUGAGGGGUACUUCUCUAUGGCUGUACUGGGUUGAGGGGUACUUCUCUAUGGCUGUACUGGGUUAAGGGGUACUUCUCUAUGGCUGUACUGGGUUGAGGGGUACUUCUCUAUGGCUGUACUGGGUUGAGGGGUACUUCUCUAUGGCUGUACUGGGUUAAGGGGUACUUCUCUAUGGCUGUACUGGGUUAAGGGGUACUUCUCUAUGGCUGUACUGGGUUGAGGGGUACCUCUCUAUGGCUGUACUGGGUUGAGGGGUACCUCUCUAUGGCUGUACUGGGUUGAGGAGUACUAGUGUACUGUCAGAUGACCUGAGGAGAUGGUAUGUUCCCUGCUGCUAUCUGAUUAAUAUCAGGUCCAACAUUAAAAUGUUACUGUCAUUAAUGAACACUGUGUCAGAGUUGUGUGUGUUGUAGAGGUCGACCGAUUAUGAUUUUUUCAACGCCGAUGAUUGGAGGAACAAAAAGGCCGAUACCGAUUUAAAAAAAUGUAUUUGUUAUUUAUUUAUUUGUAAUAAUGACAAUUACAACAAUACUGAAUGCACAGUUAUUUAAACUUAAUAUAAUAUAUCAAUAAAAAUCAAUUUAGC